AUGCCUCCUACAGACCACACAUACCUUACUGGAGUAGAGCCCAGAAUCUUACCGACUGAUUUUGAUGAAGCAGGGAAUGUGGAAGAAAACAAUACAGAAAGUGACGAGGACUUGCAAGAGAUGCUAGAAGAACAAGUGGACGAAGAGUUUAUUAAUGAACAAAUUCAACCCACUGAAGACACACCAAUUAAAGAAUUUCAUUCGGACUAUUGUGAAACACCAACGAUUCCAGUUCAAGCAGAUGAAGUUGAAAAUGGAGAUGACUUGUUUUUGAAAGGAGACGGCUUAUCUUUGGGAGGAGAUGGCUUUUCAGGAGAUUUGAUAGGGGAUAGUAAGGAGACAAUCAAGGGAGAAAGUAGCAUUGAUAGGGGGGACAUAUUUCUUUGUUUUCGGGGGGAUGACGUAGAAGACGAGGACGAGGAUGAUGAAGACAAGGAGUCAAAAGACGAGGAUGAAGAAGAAGAAGACGAUGGCGAUGAUGGAGGCCUAGGUUUCAAAGUGUUGGCAGCAGAAGAAGAAGGUCCAGGCUCUUGA